UCCUGAAGUUAGUUAUUUAAAUUUUUUUAUCAUCUCGAGCCAGUAAGGAUAUAUCAUGAGUUAAGAGGAAGUGUUCAGGUUUCUUUGUAUAGAAAUGUGAAAGAACAAAUACCCAUUAGCCGUAUCAGUGAUUAUCUAGCGAUCCAUGUUUAUGUAGUGUUAAGUUUAAUAGGUGUUGCUUAAUCUUGGUCUCUAACAACAUAAUAUCCAGGGAAGUGCGAAGGAAGGAUUAGAAGAGAGUGAUUCGAUUUUGUGGUGUACGGAAGAUACACGUCCACCGGGAAGUUUCGAAGUUAUCGGAAUUUAGAAUCACUUCAUCAUGGACAGUUCUUUGGAGUUCUGUCGCCAAAAGGAAGAUCUUGUCCGCACAGUGAGGACCCUGCAGGUUGCCACUCAGAACACGCUACAGAAAACAGUCCCUCUCCUCUCUUCCCAGAUGGGUCUGGGGCUCCUAAGACCUUCCCAUGUAAAUGAGCUCUCCGAGAAGACCAGUCAGGUUUGCAGAGACCUAGAAAACGUUGGUAAUCUGCUCUUAUUUCGUCAGGAUGAGCUCCUUCAGACAAUAUCAGUGCCCAGGACAGGAGGCUCUAAUUCUCUUCAGUGGUGCUCAGAUGGCUCUCUCUAUGUAUGUGGAUAUAAUGGACCCUAUGUUCACUUACUAAAUAGCCAUGGAAAACCCAGUCAAGCCCUUUAUUGUCAUGAUGAUGACCUCUUCCUUCCAGAUAGUAUUGCCAUGACCCGUCUUGGUUCUAUAGCGGUCACUGAUAUCACCAAAGGCGUUGUGCGUAUUCACAAUCCCGCCUCACAUCCACCUUGGGUUAAGGUGGGUGGUCAUUUCCAGUCUCCGAAAGGUAUCGCGGUGGACUCAUCUGGGCAGAUCCUAGUUGCAGAAUACAUGACUGGAACAGUCCAGGCUUUCCACAUAGACAGAAUUCAUAGAGUACAUGGAAUUAAAAAGGUUUCUGGUCUUCAGGGUCCACAGAACAUAUGCGCUACAUCAGAUGGGGGGUUUGCAGUGUCUGAGGAGUGUGGAGAUGUGAAGUUAUUUACAAGCAACUUGAAGCUUUGUGGUUCCAUCUCAGAAAUAUACCAGCAUAAGUUUGGGAAUCCAUCAGGAAUUUGUGCUGACCCCGAAGGGAACAUAUUAGUGGCUGAUGUCCAGAAAAGGAAUGUCACCCUCUUCCCAGUUAGUGGGUCCCCUAUUUGUAUUGUCUCCAAGGGCCUUUGCAAGCCAUCAGGCCUAUCAUGCUCUCCAUUUGGCCUCCUGUAUGUGGCAGAUUCUGGGGACAAUUCUGUUAAGGUGUACAAGUAUCGUGCAAAGCCAUACUAUGCUCCCAUCAGCCCUAGGAAGUCUGGAGAUGCUCAGUCUCAGACCCCAAGGGCAUAAGGGCACCUUCACCCACUGAUACAUACCUUCGCCACCCUUCACUGUUGUGGGGGGCAUAAGGGCACCUCCACCCACUGAUACAUACCUUCGCCACCCUUCACUGUAGUCGGGGGCAUAAGGCACCUUCACCCACUGAUACAUACCUUCGCCACCCUUCACUGUUGUCGGGGGCAUAAGGGCACCUUCACCCACUGAUACAUACCUUCGCCACCCUUCACUGUUGUCGGGGGCAUAAGGGCACCUCCACCCACUGAUACAUACCUUCUCCACCCUUCACUGUAGUCGGGGGCAUAAGGCACCUUCACCCACUGAU